CACUACGAGCACCACGAGUACCGAGGAAACUACAAGUACUACGAGCACAACAAGUACUAGGAGCACAACAAAUACUACGAGCACAACAAGUACUACGAGCACCAAAGGCACUACAAAAACUACGGACAAUCCUCAACCCACAGGCCCCAGUG